CUAAAUACAAAUGAUAUUUUAAUCUUAAUCAACAAAUGAACUUUCCUUAUCUUUCUUAUUCGAUAAUAAGUAAUAGAUUAUAAGAUACAAGACGUGCUAACUUGUCAUUUUUCUAGAUCUUACUAAUUGAUAUUUAUUAAUUUAGAUAUACAAAAAUGACAUUUGAAUUCAAUGAAAAAAAAAAUCAGCAGUUAAAAAAUAUUAAAAGUGGUUUAAUUGACUUCGUUUCUGGAUCACUUGGUGGGAUAGCACUUGUUUAUGUUGGGCAACCAUUAGAUACAAUAAAGGUAAAAAUGCAAACUUUUCCUUUUAUGUAUAAGGGAAUGGUAAAUUGCUUUUUACAAACAUUAAAGACAGAUGGAAUAAUGAAUGGUUUAUAUGCAGGAACUAUACCUGCAUUAGUUGCUAAUGUUGCUGAAAAUUCAGUUUUGUUUGCUGCAUAUGGAGGGUGUCAAAAAGUUAUUUCUAAUAUUUUGGGUGUUCAAAAAAUACAAGAUUUGACAUCAAUUCAAAAUGCAUGGGCUGGAUUUUUUGCUGCAUUUUUUUCUUCAUUAACACUAUGUCCCACAGAACUUAUAAAAUGUAAGCUACAAGCAAUAAAAGAAGUUCAAAUAGAAAGCGAAUCAUCAAUAAAUGAAAAAACAAUUGGACCAUGGGGAUUAACACGUCAAAUUCUUAAAGAACAGGGCAUAAGAGGUUUAUUUACUGGGUUGUCAUCAACCAUAGCACGUGAAAUGCCUGGUUUCUUUUUUUUUGGAGGUUAUGAAGUGACUAGAGAACUUUUAGCAAAACCAAAUGAAAGUAGAGAUGAUAUAGGAUGGCAAAAAACCAUGAUAGCUGGUGCUGUUGGUGGAAGUAUUUUAUGGCUUGUAAUAUUUCCAGCAGAUGUGGUUAAAAGUAGAAUACAAGUAAAAAAUUUGAAAACUCCUCCAUUAAUAGUUAUGAAAGAUAUUGUAAGAAAUGAAGGUAUCAAUUCCUUGUACAGUGGUUUAAAACCAACAUUAAUUAGAACAAUACCAGCAACAGCUACAUUAUUUGUAACUUAUGAAUACACUAAAAGGUUUAUGCUCAAUUUUUUUGAAAAUAAUUGAUAGAUAAAAAUUAUAUUGUUUUAUUAAAAACUAUAAAAAUUAUAAGAAAAAAGAUAAAAAUAAAUUGGUUUG